AUGGCAGUUUUAGCUGCAAUCUUUGGCCCCGGGAAAGCUACUCUUGAAGAAGAUUAUACAGAAGAUGAAGGGACAAGCACAACCAAAGAAACGGACGUAACAACUAAAGAGAAACCAACAGAACCUCUUCCUUCAUCCAAGGGAACUGAGUCGAAACCCAGUCAGAAACCAACAACUCCUCAGGAAACAACGGUGAAAAUUACGCCUUCUACUACUACCUCAGAAGCAACGACCGAAACCACGACAGGACCAAAGAAAACGCAGGAUACUACCACAGCACAACCAACAACCACAGAAAAAGCAACAACUACAGCACAGCCAACAACCACAGAGAAAGCAAAAACUACUGCUCCAUCAACAACCACUGCUCCAACAACCACUGCUCCAACAACCACUGCUCCAACAAUCACUGCUCCAACAACCACUGCUCCAACAGCCACAGAAAAAGCAACAACUACAGCACAGCCAACAACUACAGAGAGAGCAACAACUACUACUCCACCAACAACAGCUGCUCCAACAACCACAGUAAAACCAACAACCACAGAAAAAGCAACAACCACUGCUCCAACAACCACUGCUCCAACAACCGCAGCACAACCAACAACCACUGAAAGACCAACAACUACUGCUCCACCGACAACCACUGCACCAACAACAACUGCACCAACAACCACAGCAAAGCCAACAACCACAGAAAAAGCAACAACUACAGCUCCACCAACAACCACUGCUUCAACAACCACAGCACAACCAACAACCACAGAAAAACCAACAACUACCGCUCCACCAACAACCACUGCUCCAACAACCACUGCUCCAACAACCACAGGACAACCAACAACCACAGAAAAACCAACAACUGCUGCCUCAACAACAACAGAUAAACCAUCAACAGCUGCCCCAACAACCACAGCUCAACCAAAAACCACAGAAAAACCAUCAACUGCUACUCCAACAACUAUAGAAAAACUAACAACAACUGUUGCAGUUACAGCUACUGGCGCAAUGACCACAGCUACUGUUUCAGCAUCAACUGCUGGGCCAACAACGGCAGUACCUACCACGGACCCUCAAAGAAAUAUUAUAGAGUGCGACACAGCCAUAGUUGGAGCAGGUGCGGGUGGCUUAUUGGUGGCAUAUUCACUUCUUGACAAGACGAAUGAAACAAACGUGUGCGUCUUCGACACAGAGGACAGCGCUGGAAACAUCUAUGACCAUAUUUUUCCCCAAGUACCGGAUGUUGUAGUUGGCUUAGGGCAGUGGGACAUUACCGAUGGACACGGUGCAGAAAUGGACCUUUUAUAUCAUUUAUUCAACGACAAUGAAGCCUUGUGGGCACCAAAAACUAAACGUGUUGAAGCUCGUGGACAGUUUGCCAAUAGCUUUGAUGAUUUGAAGUUAAAGGCAUUUCCAACUUUACGGGACCGUCCGCCACUCAACAAUGGAACACUCAGGGAAGCUGCAGAUUUCAUCUCUAAAAAUCAGAGGAAUUUCACGCAGUUCUCAACCGCGGAGACUUUCCUUUCGUACGAACUGUCCCCGGAGGGAACCAAGAUUAUGGCAGAAAAGUUUGGCCUCCAGGGUGACUACAUGCAAGACAUAAAUCCAAUGAGUUAUAGAACUUAUCUUCAGGAAGAAUUACAUGCUACCUCCCCAUCAUCAGAGACCAGAAGACCUCCUAAUUCCAAAGGAAUGUCCGAAAUUGUCACAGAGCUUAGAAAAAAAGUGGAAAGUAGAGGCCGUAAAAUUACUUCGGAUGAGACAGUUGUUUCUAUCAACAAAGAAGGAGAUAAAUUUCUUCUUCAAACCACCAAAUUAACUGUAAAAGCCAAUAAAACAGUUAUCGCCGUUGGACCAGCUGCUCUAAAGAAGAUCGAAGGUGACGUCAUUCAGAAUAUUACUGGUCAUCAAAUAUUUCAAUCAAUUGUUGGUGUGCCUGCUUUCUAUGGGGCAGCGGUAUAUGAUAAACCAUGGUGGAAUGAUAUAACUGCCACUCAAAAGAACAACAGUUUGCAGCCUUUGGAGAAGUUCAUAUCCAGCAGUAACUGCCUGGGAAUUACCAUGCCUUACAAUGGUAAUGGAACCAGCGGAAGAGCUGUCUUGCACACAAUAGCUAAUAACGGAGGAUGCAGCGAUAAGUGGGGGAAACUUUUGGAGAUUUCUACAUCUGAUGAUGUCAUCAACAAAGAACUGAAACGUGCUCUGAAGUACAAGUUUCAACGUGAUAUUCCAGAUCCUUUGGAGACUAUUUACAAAUAUUGGAAGGAAGAGUUUUGGUUUUUUCAGAAGCCUGGGGCCAACUUUAGCUCAACGACCAUUCAGCAAUGGGCAAGACGACCGCUAGCUGGACAAGAUGUGUUCUUGGUGAACAGAGCGUAUUACAAUUUCGGUGGAUAUCUGGAAUACACCAUACGAUCUGCUUUUGAGGCCGUAAAAGAGGGUUGGAAUUCUAAGCUUCCAUUCGAUUUAUGAAGCUGCUGACUACUUGGAUUUUAUGGUUUAUGAUGUCUGGCAAGAAAAGAACAUAUACUUUUCUAAAAGAUGGGAAAAUUAUGACUUAGAAAGUAUUUAGUUUAGGUGACUUUGAGUCAUAAAGUUUGUUGAAAAAUAUCUAUCUUUUUUUUUUCUGGCACAUACCUUGUAAUUCAAAUAAUAUACAGCUUCAAUUAAGCAUUGUAAAUAGUUGUAAUUCUUAUAUAUCCCAUUUAAAUAAGACUUCUUUAUGACGUCAAUGAUAAUCAUUUAAUUUUUCCUCGAUGAUUUCUAUUGAGGUAUUUUAUGUGGCUUUGUCGAGUGUCAGUAUGCAAAGAGAACAAUCAGAGUGAUCUCCAUGCAUUUAUAAAGAGAUGUAAAACUAAUUCGUUCGUUAGGGAAAGAGGAACAUCGUUGUAGAGUGUAACUGAUAGAUUUAAAUAAUUAAUAAAGUAUUCUCAUUCGUUACCUGU